AUGGUUAGCUCUUCCCAGACCGUUGCGCCUGCACCGGUGGUCUCUGUCUCAGAGCAGCUGGCCCUGGUGAUAGGGGGCAUCGCUGGGGGACUGCUGCUGCUGAUUGGAGUGAGCUGCUGUCUGUGGAGGAGGCUUUGCUCCACCUUCACCUAUGAGGAGCUGCCGGAGACGCCAGACCCUGCCACCACCUCCUCUUCCUUCAGCAGACAAGAGGACAGGCUCUGCCCCUAUGCUGGGACCCCACCCGGCAGGUGUCCUAGUAUACCAUUUGUUGUACCCCCUUCUCCCCAAGGCCGAGACUGGGUGCCCCUACAUGGUGGAAACUGGGCUUGGGCUCCACAGGACACCUGCCCUGUCCCAGAGCAAGUGCCCUACACCUCCAGUGCCAACCCUGGAGAUACAUGUGUGAUAGAGAGCAUCAACCCAGAGCUCUACAAGUCCCCAGAGGACACGAGUGAGACAGACUUCCCCGAAGGCUGCCUGGGCCGGCUGUGGUUCUCCGUGGAGUACCAACAGGAAUCCGAGAGGUUGCUGGUGGGCCUGAUCAAGGCUCGGCAACUGCAAGUCUCCUCAGAGACCUGCAGUCCCCUGGUGAAACUCCACCUGCUGCCUGAUGAACGGGGCUUCCUUCAGCCCAAGACGAAAUGCAAAACCUGCAACCCACAGUUUGAUGAGAACUUCAUCUUCCAGGUAUCCAGCAGGAGUGUCACCCAGAGAGUGCUGAAGUUCUCCGUGUACCAUGUAAGCCAGCAAAGGAAGCACCAGCUCCUCAGGCACGUGCUGUUCCCACUGAAGAAUGAGAUCCUGGCAGGGGACCGCCACCAUGUCAUCUGGAGAUACCUGGAAGCCGAGAACCUAGAAAAAAUGGUGGGGGUCACAUGCCCUCCUCGCCAGGGAUCCCACUUUAGGGGCUGGGCUCACGCCUACUUCUCCAGCCCACUAGUCCAUGUGCCCUGCCCCACAGGCGUGUUUGUCAAAGUGUCCCUGAUGAACCACAACAAAUCCGUCAAGAGCAAGAGGACUUCUGCCGUGCUGGGCUCUGUCAACCCCGUGUACAACGAAACCUUCAGCCUCAAGGCUGACGCCAGCGAGCUGGACACUGCCAGCCUUAGCCCGACGGUGCUGCAGAUCACAGACAGCGGCAAGAGCCACCCACUGGGCCGUGUGGUCGUGGGCCCCUACAUGUACACCCGAGGCAAGGCGCUGGAGCACGGGGACCAGAUGCUGCGCAAGCCCAGGGAGCUGGUGAAGCGCUGGCACGCCCUCUGCCGCCCCACGGAGCCCUGA